AAAUAUCACUUUGGCGGUGCAUGGUGCGUGUUGUUUGCUCCCAACUUCAUAUAAUUAAUCUCCACCGCAAGAGUGAGUGCGCAAAAAAAAAUCCAAAUUAUUACACAUAGAAAAACCAGGGGGCGAAUAAAGGGCAAAAAGUACCUAAAAAGGAAAGAGCUCCCGUGUUUUUUCCUCCCAGAAGUUGGAAACCUGAAUUUUGUCCUUCCUUCUCAAAGGACUGUAACUUUUUCCUUCCUCUUUUUUCCUUUGCAAUAUAAAUUAAAAAAAACUCCCAACUUUCCCUGGGUCUUCUUCGGAAUCACAGGGAUGCAGGCUGUUUCAGGAGUACCACAGGUGGUCGUAUCACCUUCCUAUGGCAGAGCUCAACAAGCUCUUGAAGCUUCUUCUUCUUCCACCUCUCUGCCCUUGCCUCUUCUAAAGAGAUCGAAUUUUCUGAGCCACGGCUGCGCUUCAGGCGAGCACAAACUGGGUUCGUCUCGUUUUCAUGUACAAAGUUAUAUGGGAAAACGCAGCAAGAGAAGGGGACAGAUCAUUGAAGCUGUUGCUACUCCAGAUUCAGAAGUGACAUUGCCAUUAACUGAAGAAAAUGUUGAGAGUGUGUUGGAUGAAGUUCGCCCUUAUUUAAUGUCAGAUGGGGGUAAUGUUGCAUUGCAUGAAAUUGAUGGGAAUGUUGUGAAAUUGAAGCUGCAAGGGGCGUGUGGCUCCUGCCCUAGUUCUGUGAUGACACUGAAGAUGGGAAUCGAACGUCGUCUAAUGGAGAAGAUUCCAGAAAUUGUUGCAGUUGAACCUAUUGCAGAUGAGGAGACAGGCCUUGAUCUAAAUGAAGAAAAUAUAGAGAAGGUACUUGAAGAAAUAAGACCUUACCUUGUAGGAACGGGUGGGGGAGAGCUUGAACUUGUCAAGAUCGAAGAACCUAUUGUGAAAAUUCGACUCUCAGGGCCUGCUGCAGGGGUAAUGACUGUGAGAGUGGCAGUUACACAGAAGUUGAGGGAAAAGAUACCAGCUAUUGCAGCUGUACAACUUCUAUAGAAGCACCGAAAUGUUUGUAGUCGCCAUGGGUUUCCUCUAGAAGAUUUUGCCAUGUGUGGUGGUUUUUCUCAUUUUGCCCGGUCUCAAGGUAGCCACAACUUUGAGACAUGGUUAUCAUGUAAUUAAUCUGUCUUAUGAAGUCAUUGUUGUCGUUUUUUCCCAUAUUUCGUGAUGAUGUAUCAUUGCCUAUGCAUUAUUUAUCGAGGGAAAGAUCUUUAGCCAUAA